ACUUGACUGUAGUCUCACUGUGGGAAGGUCUAGGCAAGCUAGGUACAGUAAUAAGACUCUGAUUCGGCUAUAUGAAACAACCUAUUUUACAUCUUGGCGCAGCUUACACUUCUAAAAAUGGGUCAUUCUAGUUGAGGAAGUUUUUUGAUACAGGCCAGGCUGGUUUAAGUUUGGGUGUUUUGGUCCCAGUCUGAUAGUGUCUGAGGGAGUGCCAGUCAGUCAGUCACACAGAUGUGGACAGUUAGUCGAUGCUAGAGGCUGUAAAUCAUUAGUGUGAUGGGGUUAUGUAGACAAAGUUCAGAGCAGAGAAUGUAAAGAGUGCUCCCUGGCUGACUUAGAUUCCUGGCUGCCAUUGACUCAUUAUUAUCCUAGAGAUCAACAGUGUUGAGGGGAGGAAGCCAGGCAGCGGUUAAAGUUUACAGGUUACAGCUGCAGCUUUACUCCGCUACAACACCCAGCCAUAAGAGGAGGCCUUGGCUCAGCAUGAGAGGCUAUGAGGAUAACACAGCCUUCCUGGGGGAGUGGGGACCCUUUCAACAGACUGUCUUCUUUCUGCUCUGUGCCAGCACCAUUCCCAACGGAUUCAGCGCCUUCUCCAUCAUCUUUCUAGGGGACAGCCCCCCGCACCACUGUUUUGUCCCAGACUCGAGCAACCUGAGCGAGGUAUGGAGGAAGGCCAUCAUUCCCAUAGAGGUGGUGAACGGACAGGAGGAGGAGAGCAAGUGCAGCAGAUACAGGCUGGAUGUGGUCAGAAACCUGUCUGCUCUGGGCUACAUCCCCGGCCUGGACGUCAACCUCACUGGGGUGGAGCAGGAGUGCUGUGUGGAUGGAUGGAGCUACAGCAAAGAUAUAUACCAGUCCACCAUAGUCACUGAGUUUGACUUAGUGUGCAAUGACAAAUGGAAGCAGCCAUUCACUUCCUCUGUGUACUUCCUUGGGGUGCUGUGUGGCUCCUUCUUCUCUGGACAGCUCUCUGACCGGUUUGGGCGAAAGCCUGUCCUUUUUGUGACCAUGGCAGUCCAGACACUCUUUACCUUUGUUCAAGUCUUUUCUCAGUCCUGGGAAAUGUUCUCAGUCCUCUUCUUCAUUGUGGGACUGGGGCAAAUAUCCAACUAUGUGGCAGCGUUCGUAUUGGGCACAGAAAUCUUGACGGCCACAGUGCGUGUCCUAUACGUUACACUGGGGGUGUGUCUGUUCUUUGCCUUCGGCUACAUGAUGCUGCCUCUCCUGGCAUUCUUCAUCCGUGACUGGAGGUCGCUCCUUCUAGUUAUGUCAGUGCCUGGCCUGGUAUACAUCCCCCUCUGGUGGUUCAUCCCAGAGUCUCCCAGAUGGCUGCUCUCUCAGGGAAGAGAGGAGGAGGCUGAGGCCAUACUGAGAGAUGCUGCCAGGAGGAACAGAGUCACAGCACCAGAGGUCAUCUUUGAGGAGUCAGAGGGUGAAGAGAAACCUAAACCAGAUGAACAUCACAGUCCUCUGGACCUCCUGAAGACUAGCAACAUUCGUAAAAUCACCGUCAUAUUGGCUCUAGUGUGGUUCACCCUGAGUAUGGGCUACUUCGCCAUAUCCCUGAACACAUCCCGUCUCCAUGGAGACCCCUACGUGAACUGUUUCAUCUCUGCUGCCAUCGAGGUGCCUGCUUACGUCAUCAGCUGGCUCUUCUUGCGCUACCUACCAAGGAGGAUAUCUGCCUCCGCUAGCAUGCUGCUAGGAGGGGGAGCGCUCUACUUCAUCCAGCUGGUACCGCCAAGUCUACCUAGCCUAUCCAUAGCCCUGGAGAUGUUGGGUAAAUUUGGCAUGGCCAUUGGUACUGCACUGAUGUAUGCCUACACUGGAGAGCUGUAUCCCACAGUGAUCAGGAACACUGCGUUAGGCUCCUGUGCCAUGAUCUCUCGGGUAGGCAGUAUCAUCGCUCCCUACAUCAUGACCUUGAGUACCUAUUAUAAGUAUUUGCCAUACAUUUUACUGGGGAGUCUUCUUGUGCUGUCAGCUAUGGCCAUUCCCCUUUUACCAGAGAGCUUUGGCCAUCCUCUACCAGAGACCAUUAAGCAGAUGCACAAACAAGAGUGGCUAAAGUGCUCAUCUUUGAAGAGGAUAAGAGACCACCUGAACAGCCCAAUGAAGAAGCCAAAUGACACUAGAUUGUGAUGACUUUAUAACUGCUUUGAAAAUACACUAAAAGUAUGUGGACAUCAUUUCAAAUGAGUGGAUAUGGCUAUUUCAGCCACACCCGUUUCUGACACGUGUAUACAACUGAGCACACAUCCAUGCAAUCUCCAUAGACAAACAUCAUCAGUAGAAUGGCCCUUACUGAAGUGCUCAAUUACUUUCAAAGUGGCAUCGUCAUAGGAUACCACCUUUCCAACAAGUCAGUUCGUCAAAUUUCUGCCCUGCUAGAGCUGCCCUGUUCAACUGUAAGUGCUGUUAUUGUGAAGUGGAAAUGUCUAAGAGCAACAACGGCUCAGCCGCGAAGUGGUAAGCCACACAAGAACUGUUCGUCGGGAGCUUAAUGAAAUGGGUUUCCAUGGCCAAGCA